AUGCAUCAGAUUUACAGCUGUAGCGAUGAAAAUUUAGAAGUUUUCACCACUGUGAUUUCAUCCAAAUCAUGUAGUCCAGCCAGAAGAAAAGCCAAAAGCACGCAACACAUCCUAACAAAGAGAGUGGUGGCAGUGUCUGAUUAUCGGACCUACUGGACAGAGGACUUGCUUCCAAGCCAAGGUGAUCUCACCCAAGUCCUGUACAAAGAUGCGGUGAGGAACUUUGGCCGCUUGCAGAAUGAACAGGAAGGAUUCUGUCCUGCCAAGCACAUGGGAAUUUCUGAACAAGAGUCAUCAAAAUCCUGUGAUAACCAGUCGGAUGGAAAAUCUUCUCAACCUUCGACAUCCCCAGUCACCCAUAUCAUAAUGAAACGGGCUGCAGCCACAGAGCCAGCUACACAGGACAGUGCUUCUGCAGAAGACCAUAGAUGGCACUCGAGGAAGAACACUAAGCAUGACUUAACCCUCGCCCCAGAAGCAGAUGCCUCUUUACCUUUGACUGGCAACAACUUGUGUGGAACACCCGGCAUCCUGAGGAAAAUGUGGAUGAAGCACAAGAAGAAAUCAGAAUAUCUGGGGGCAACAAACAGUGCCUUUGAGGCCGACUGA